AUGCUCUCCCCGUCGCCCUCAUCGUCUGCAGUAACCAUCCCAACGCCUGGGAAGUCUAUCCUGAAGCGUCCUCCUCCACCUCAGCAGCCGUUCUUCUCGCUCGCGCGACUCUCGAAGCUACUUCCUACACAGCAACAAACUAGCACGAGUAACGAUGAGGCAACAGCGCUCAAACGAGCUCAUUUUAUACUCCCUGAGAUGACGACGGUAUAUCCAAUAUCUGCUGCAAAUCCUCCUUCAACCCCGACCCUCAAGGAAGAGAAGAGGUCGAUUGAGGAGCGCGAAGCGGAGCGGAGACGUCGGAUCGUUCGAGGAAGUCCUUCGGGUCCAGACGCCAACAGCUCUGAAGAUUGGUGGAGCCUCGACAAGGUGGAAUCAUUCUAUAGGGAGUGCUGUGCAGGCAGAGAGGAAAAACCCGAUGCAGGCAUCUCCGCUGCGUUUAAACAGCAUGCCGCAGGCAGUCAUCCGCGUACUGUUGAUCUUUCGGGAGUACAGCUUACUGUGGGAUCAGCUUCAGUUUUGUCCGACGUCUUCACCAUCGAAUGGGGACUUCGGAAACUUGUGUUCAAGGAAUGCGAUUUGGAUGAGCAUGUUUUAAAACCCAUGCUGCAUGCUCUUCUCAUUCCAGACAGCCUGACAUUCCUCUCUGUCGCCUCUAAUAGGCGACUGAAGGCUUCGGCAUUCCGCUUGAUUGGUGCAUAUGUUCUGAAGACGAGGUGCUUGCAAUUCUUAGAUCUGUCACAGAAUACACUGGACAAGAGAUCUGUUGAAUACAUCGCGGCUGCAUUGCCGGUAGCUCCCAAUCCUGGCCUUGUCUCUCUUCGGUUGGACGACUGUUCACUGAAGCCUGCGGCACUGGACGCGCUCGCUAAUGUAGUGCGGAAGUCGUCACUACGGAAUAUCUCUCUGCGACACAACCGUAUUAACGCCACGGGUGCAGUAGCCCUUGCCCUCAUGAUUAGGGAUUACCCCGAUCGGAUACCUACGACGAAUGGAAAUUCUGGCCCUUCGUCUCCGAUAACAAUUAGCCCAAAUUCUUCCUCCAUAUUUCUAUCACCACCCCAAACACCGUCAUCUCCGCAAGUGUCUCUCCCAAAUCCCGAUAGAACGGUCACACCGCCUCUGCGCACAGGUCCAGUCCUUCCUCCACCACGUCAUCCUUCUACAGCUCCGCAGACUACAUAUACACCCUAUGUGCCUCGUGCACGACGGGCUCCUACAGCACCUUCGCAUCUGAGUUACCCUAAUCCGCUUUCACCCAAUGGUCAGCAGGUUCCAAUCAUUGCAACAUCUGCGCAAGGGGGUGUAACAGCAAGAUAUCCUAUCUCUCCUAACUCGUCAACAAUUUCUAUUGUCAACGGGUCAGCGAUGCCGCAACAUUAUGAUCAUGGCCCCAGUGCUGCACUGUUGGAUAAAGUGCGAGCAUUAGAUACUCUCCCACGGCUAGGGGCGUUGAGGACGUUGGAUUUGAGGGGCAAUGAUAUCAGAAAUGGUAUCGCCUAUAUCGCGCAAGUUCUGAAGCGCAAUCGGACGCUCAAGGUACUGAAUCUGAGCGAGAACAAGCUAGAUAUACAAGGCUUGAUCUCGAUCGCCGAAGCAUUGAAAUAUAACUCGUGUCUCGAGACGCUGGACCUAAGCAAAAAUCCAUGCUGCGGUCCUGGGUUGGAAGGGAUACAGUCUCUUCGGACUGCGUUCACGCUGAAUGAUGCCCUGAAGCGGUUAUUCCUUUCGUCUACGAAUAUGACCUCCGCGGGGGCAAUCGCUCUUGCCGAGUUUCUGCCAGAAUCAACGUCCCUUCUUCAUCUUGAUCUGACUUUGAACAACUUGGACCUCGCAGGUGUCAUGGCACUCAGUUCGGGUCUCAAAGCGAAUCAUACAAUGCGAUGUUUAGACUUGAACAUCCCUCCAGCAGACGAGGAAAUGGCUCGGAUGUGUCGUGAUAUCCUGAACUCUUGUGUCCGAAAUACAGAAGAGGCGGAAAAGAUCCAUCAAGCUGCGAAUACGGAUGGUUCGAGUGGGCGUGGGCAAGCCAAGGGCUUAUGGGGCAUGAUCGAAGAAAGCGAGUUGGCGAAACUUAUCCGGCAGGACGACAAGAAAAAGGUCGAUGAGCAUGUUGAAGCUUCGCCUGUGUCUGCACGGGACCCAACUGACUUGACUUCCACGGAACAGACCCAGUCUGACCUCGUUGCUCGAGCGCGCUCUUGUAAGAGCCAAUUGGAAGAGGUUCUUGCUCGUUCGCCUUCGUCUUCGUCAACAUCCGUUGCUUCCAUUCCAGACGAUUUACCGUAUCUCACUGACCGGGCGAGGGAGGUGCAGAGGCUUCUCGUGGCUACGAUUGAAGUGACUACCGAGGCUACUCGGCUGGAGGAGCUGUUGGUGCUCAAUGAUGAGCUAUCGGGCUUAUUGAAACGGUGUCUAACUCAACCGUCCACCCUUUCAUUGCGCGGACUCGGUAUCCACAUCGAUACUACCGCGCGGAAUGGUGUUGGAGCAGGUUUGAAUGGUAGCGGCCAUGCAACAGGUGGUCCGGAGGAUGGCAAGGGUCGCGCUCAGCCUGAACCAGAGGAACCUGAAAAAGUCCUUACGCCAACAUUCUUGAUCUCGGAGUCUGACGACGAGGAAGGUGAAGGACACCAUAUACUGCGAGCAGACACCGAGGACGCGCUCUCCCCUACGGACUUAUCGAGAAGCUGGGUAGAAGAAGAGGGCGAAGUCUUCCGAAAGGGAACGGUCCUACUCGGACCCGAGGAAAUGGAGGGCGAAUACGACGGAGAGGAACUGCGCAGAGAGCUGUUGGAAGCCAUGGUCGAACGGCCGCCUCCAAGAGCUGUUGUCGACGAUUUCGGUACAGAAAUUCCACCUGAACCAACCCCAUUGCCUGCGUCGCCUCAAGACGGAAAGAGCUUUGACCUCAAGCUUCCUCCGCGCCCAUACAUACGCCGCUCACGAUCUUCCUCGUCGACGACAAACUCAGGUGAUGCUUCGCCGACUGCUGAGAAUUCCCCAAUCAGCCCUGGAGGCACCAGUCCGGCUGUUGCGAGCGCUCAGAAGAGGUCGUUGUUGGGCAGAACGUUGUCGUCUAGCCCAAAAGAUUCUGACUGA